UCUGAAUGUUUGUUCGGGGAUUCCUUACAAGGACUUGGAGAGUCAUGCUCUGCGCGUAAGCAUCCGGAUGGUGAACCACAUCUGAACUUUUUAACUCACCCAAAGUCUGUUCGCUGUACAGAGGUUCCUCGGAAAAUUUGGAUUUAAGAUGGCGAUGUCCGGCAUACUUGUAUAUGAGUUUAUCUAAGAUCGUUUCACAGGAUGUCCCUGAUGUUUGGCAAAGGCAGAUCUUGUAAUGUUGUCUCCGUUCCGGAGCGGGGACUCGCAGAGAUUAACGUUGCCGUUUUGGGAGUCGCUGGUUCCGGAAAAUCAGCGCUGACCGUAAAGUUCCUUACCAGGCGCUUCAUCACGGAAUAUGAUCCGAACUUGGAGGACACCUACACCUCGGAGGAGGUCGUGGACCAUCAGCCUGUUCUCAUCAAGGUCAUGGACACAGCAGACCAGGCCGGCCCGGUGAAUUGCGAGCGAUACCUGGCCUGGGCAGGAGCCUACCUGGUGGUGUACAGCAUUGACGACCGCAGCAGCUUCCAGGGGUGCCAGUCCUACCUGGAGACUCUGAGCCAGAACGCCAGGGCCAACCAGCCUGAGACGCCGGUCUUACUGCUGGGGAAUAAGCUGGAUAUGGAGAGACACAGGCAGGUGAGUAAGUGUGAAGGUGCUGCGUUGGCAACUCGGUUCGGCUGUCUCUUCUUCGAGGUGUCGGCCUGUUUGGACUUCCUGUCUGUGCAGCACGUCUUCCAUGAGGCCGUGAGGGAGGUGCGACGCGAGGCCGAGAGGUCAUUUCCUGUUCGCCCGCUCUUCAUCAGCGAGGACCGCCACCUCCUUGGCCUCUCCGCCCCGCCUCAGGUGGCCCCGCCCUGCUUUAAGGAGAUGCCCACCCCUGCCACCGCCAAGCUGGUGACGGUGAAGUCCUCCAGGGCCCAGAGCAAACGCCGCGCCCCCACGCUCACCUUGCUCAAGGGCUUCAAAAUCUUCUGAAUGACUACACACUGCCCUCUGGUGGACAAACAGAGACACUGCGAGUGCUUAGGGCGGUUACACUGUGUAUGUACAAAAUGAGGGCUGCAACAGGUCCUGUCAGGCCAAUGAAAUUUGAUACAUUCCUGUUUUUUUUACACUGAACGAAAUAAGAGAGAGAGUAUGGACACCAUUUCCCAGGAAUAUGACAUGCACCACAGCACAUUAAAAAGUAAAUGUAUAAAUGCAGUAAGGACAUGAACAAAACGGACACUCUUGAAUAUUUUAGAUUUUGAAAUAUUUCCACCUUUUUCACAGAUAAUCCAGUUUAGAAUCUUACAUUUAUAAAACCUUAAUAUUUGUUAUGUGUAAUUGGCCAACUACCCUUCCAAUGUGACACUACAUUGCAAUCAUUUUUCACCAAGAACUGCAGGGUUAUAGUGCCCUCUAGAGAUUCACAUUAAAUACUACAGUUAUCUGUAGUGCACAAGUGCUUUAGGAAUGUCUGUUUUGAUCACAGUGAUUUAAUUACACAUGUUGCCAAUCACCUCAACAUAGCCCACAUCUUUUCGUCUGUUUUUACAUUUGUUUUGUUUUGUUUUGUUUUGUUGAUGUUGUCAUGGCAAUCACAGAUUAUUUACACA